AUGGCAACUUCGACAGCGUCGUCGUUCAGGAAGACGAGGCUGUCACAUGCGCAGAAGUCGGUGCUCGCCAUGUCCCGCGCCCAGUACCUUGAGGGGAUCCGCGCCACGUGGCCCGCUGACAAGCUAUACGUGGGAGUGUGCAUCUUCCGCAUGGACGCGCAUAGCUCACGGCCCUCGGUCUUGUUACUUCGACGGUCGGGUAUCCCUGAGGCGGCUUCGUACGCUAAUUCGCCUAUUGCCCCUAACUCUCCUACUACCACCAGCACCACCACUACUACUACUAUUACGACCAGCUUUAGUACCUCCCCCUAUUCUCGCUGGGGCCGCGAUGACUGCCAUGACAAGCAAUACCAGCAACUAGAUAGUAAUAAUAUAGAAAGGGAAAAGGAGAGAGAAGAAGAAAUGGAAAGGGAAUACAGGACUAGGCGCAGCGCGGGCAUGUGGGAACUCCCUGGGGGUAAGGUGCGCGACGGCGAUUUCUGCAUCUCGGCGGCUGUGGCGCGGCGCGUGGAGGAGCAGACGGGACUUCGUGUUGUGAGAGUGCUUGGGGCUCUGCAGGACGUGAGACGGGUUGCUGAGGUGCGGAUCCUGGACUGGGACGACGACGGUGUGGGCAUAUUUACCGCGGGCGGGAGUAGUAGUGGGAAUUUAUCCGUGCUAGACGGGGCGACGCUGACGUCGGCUACGGGAUCGCCUGGUAGUGGUAGUCUCGGAGGGAGUAGCGGGAAUGGGUAUGGGAGUGGGAGUGGGAGUGGGAGUAGUAGCAGCUGGAGCGGUGGUGCGGGCGGGAUAGGGGGAAGAGGAGCAGGCGGGUUCAGGGGCAGUAGUGACUCGUCGCAGUCGCGAAGGUCGCCGAUACAUAAUCCGCAACUGGUGCUACGCAAGGAGUAUCUACAGCUUAAUUACGCGGUGCUGGUGCAGAAUCACGAGGACUUGGCUGUGAAGUCGUCGGAGCAUGACGAGUUGGUGUGGGCGAGCUUCAGCCGUGCUGAGGCGCUGCCUAUGCCGGAGGAGCUGAGGACUGUUGUGCAUCAGGGGCUGGCGUUUGCGGGGGAGCAUUUGUUUUGAAGAGGAGUUGGGGGGGAGUGGAUGGUUUGGUUCACUUUGAUAUCUUGUCUUUAUGUUACUCUUCUGUCACUUACACAGGUAGUUAUGAUAUUAAGGGGUCUGGAUGUAUGUGGGAUUGGGUUCGAGAUGUUGUAUAUAGACGGCUUAUAUUAUCUAUCCAAAAGCCUUCCAUAUAAGUGAUCUAUCUAAGAGGU